GUUGAGGAAAAAUAAAUCGCCACUAGGUUCUGACAACAAAUUGUGAUUCAUGACUUACCCGUGCACUAACGGGAAAAUUGGCAUAUUAAUUUAUAUUUAACUUCUGUUUUGCAUAUAAAAAGAAACUUUAUCUAUUGAUUCCCUUGGAGUCUAAACUUUGACCUACCACAGAGUAAAGGUAAAAAAUCAUUUAUUUUAGUGUCAAUUACAGCUGAUGCAAGCUGUACUGUGUUAUUUUGGAAUUUUUCAAAAUAGAAUUGUGUGAAUGUACAUAUUAUAUUGCGCAAUACUUUGUGUGAAUUAAGGAAAAUGGAGAAAAUACUACGUUUUCGAACGCCGAUUUCUGUAAUAAGAAGAUGCAUGUGUACACCCGCCCAAGAUACUAAAACCAGCCAGGCUAAUGUAGAAUCACUGUCAUCGAGAUAUAGACCAAGUGAAUUCCAAAAAUUUUUACUUGUGUGGACCAAAAAGUACAAAAGCAAGAAUGAAAUUCCGAAAUUCGUAACCUCGGAAUUAAUAGACAGAUCACGCAGUGAGGCUAGAAUAAAAAUAUCUAAUAUUCUAAUGGCUCUGACUGCACUUGCAAGUGCUUUUGCCAUCUGGUCAGGCAAAAAUGCGGCCAAAAGAGGAGAAUCUGUUCAUCAAAUGAACUUAGAUUGGCACAAACAAUACCAAGAAGAAUUUAAAAAGAAGGAGCUUGAAUCUUCAAAGUAACAUUUUACUUCUUUAAAUGCUUGUAGGUGAUUUGAUAUAUACCUGUUGACGAAAACAAUGCUAGUGCUUAUUAAAUUUUUAAAUUAUAACUAAAAUAUAAAAUUAUUUUCUUUA